UUGCCUGUGGUGCUAGCCAGCCAGCAACAACCAACCGCCUGAAUGUAGAUCCGCAUGGGCUACUACUACUCUAUCUCUCCAAAUAACCCAGCGGAAUCAUAAGAUAAGGAUCCCAGGAUGGUCUUAGUGCAUGUCGGAUAUCUGGUUCUUCCUGUAUUCGGCUCAGUAAGAAACAGAGGAUCCCAUUUCAACCGGCAACAGCAACAGCAGCAGCAGCAGCAGCACAGCCAUGCUACCUCUUGCCGGCACUUCCAGUUAGGUCCUCAGGCCCCGCUGCCCAUGGACUUCCCCAUGCCCCACCCAGGGCAGCCACAGUCAGGCAUUAACCCCCACCUGGCCCCUCCCGGCCACCAGCAUGGCCCUCCGCUCCACCCGCCCCUCAACCCCUUGCCCGCUCCCCAGUUCCAGGACAUCCCUGCCCCUCCCUUCCUACCUCAGGCAUUACACCAGCAAUACCUCCUCCAGCAGCAGAUCCUCGAGGCCCAGCACCGACACAUCCUGCCACCCUCCAGCAGACGCACCCCAGAGAGAGUUCCUCACCAGCCCCACAGACUGCGGCCCGGCUAUGAGUUUGCGCCCCCUCUUCAUGUCCCUCCUCAGCCGGUGGUGCAACAGCCCCGCUACCUGGCCGAGGGCACAGACUGGGAUCUGAGUGUAGAUGCUGGGCUGCCCCCCCACCAGUAUCACAUCCAUCCGCUGCCGCAGCACUAUCAGCACUACUUGACCUCUCCUAGGAUGCACCACUUCCCUAGAAACAAUGCCUCAACACAAGUGGUCGUCCAUGAGAUCAGAAACUACCCGUAUCCCCAGCUGCACUUGCUGGCUCUGCAGAGUCUCAACCCCUCCCGCCACGCGUCUGCUGUUAGAGAGAGUUACGAGGAGCUUCUGCAGCUGGAGGACAGACUGGGCAGCGUGAACCGUGGAGCAGUCCAAACCACCAUAGAGAGAUUCACUUUCCCCCAUAAGUACAAAAAGAGAAUACCCCAGGACCUGAAGAUGUGUCUGGAUGAUGAGGAGCUGGACACCGAUGAGAAGUGCACCAUCUGUCUGUCGAUGCUGGAGGACGGAGAGGACGUCAGGAGAUUACCCUGCAUGCACCUCUUCCACCAGGCGUGCGUGGACCAGUGGCUGGCCACCAGCAGGAAAUGCCCCAUCUGCAGAGUGGACAUUGAGACCCAACUGACCCCCGACAGUUGAUAGCUCCUGUCGACUCCUGCAGCUUUGGAUCUGGUCUCGUUUAAUUCUCCAUUGCCUCCCUCAGGGGGGAAGCUCUGCCAAACACCCCCUCUCCCCCUCUGCAUCACUCAACGAGCCUGCCUUCUGAGACAGCUGUGAUAAGAGGGAUCAACAAAGCACACUCACCCACUACACAACGAGAGACGGGGGUUGAUGCAUUGAUAGGUGGCUGGACUGAAGGUUGGUUGAAUGGACUUGCUGGAUGUAACAGGUAGGAGCGGACGUGUAUGGACAGAUGUGCUGAGGCUUUGCACGAUUCUGUCAGAUUGUGUACCUUGUGUACAUUUCUCCAUACAGCCACCAAGAGACGACACUCUGACCACCAACCUCCCCAGCUCAGUGUGGUGUAUGAUCUCUGCCACUAUAUCUAAACCCUCUCCCCCAGGCCUGUGAAAAAUCCUUUAAGCUGCACUCUGCCCAAGCCCUCAGCACAUCUGUACAGAACAUUAUCAAAUGAUUAGCAUGAGGUUGUUUGGUGUGAACUCUUGUAGCUGAACGCUUGUGGUGUAAUGGAGUAUAGUACUGAAAAAGUAUUUACAGAGUAACAGUGUUGUGUAGCAAGCAAAAGCCUUUUGAGAAAUAUGUGUGUGAAAAAUAAACCUAGCGAGAGGGUGACUACAGCUCUGACAGAGGGAAUAUUCAGUGUGUUGAAUCGCAGGCAACGAGGAAAGAGCUAGUUGUGUAAAAAGGCCAAAAAUCCCUCUUUCUUGUCUAACAUGGUUUUUGGAUUUACAGUUAGUAGAUGCCAUCAGAGUUGAUGCUAAACCCGCUAACUGCAGGCAUGGCUUCCAGUGAUCUGUGUAGUGUCGUAGUCGGGCCUCUAUAAUCUAGAGCAGAGGCCUCAGAUGUGCAUGCUGUAUGGCAGGCUUGGGCUGUGUCGUUAAUAUUGUGGAGCAGUAGAAACAGGGACUGUGUCUGUGCAUGUGAACCGUAUACUAUGACGAUCCCACUCAUUCAUAGAGGAGGACAAGAAUGCACCGAAUACCCCUACACCCCCCACCCCACACUCCCCCACUCAUCCCGAGUAAAGUUGCCCUUAGACGCCGAUCUCGGACCAAUGUAGCAUUUCUCUCCUGACGCCAGGAUUCAAAGAGCUGCUAGUGGAUCCGCGUCUAACUGCAACUCCUCUCUGUUGCCUCGCUCAUGGCACGAUCGUGACAUGAGAGGCUGGCAUGGGCUUGAGGAUGCAGUGCCUGAGUCUUGCCAUCAGAGUGAAUAAAAUCUGACAUUUGUAUUACCUAUUACCAGAACCUUAUUGCCUAUCGAACAAGCACAUGUGAUUUCUAUAUACAGUGAAUCGCCUCUGUUGUUGUAUCGGCUCCUUUUCAUUUCAAUCUAAGUUGCUCCCACUGUUUUGAUAAAAAAAAAGACUGUGUCUGGUGUUACAGGGAAAAUACAAACUAGUUUGCCUGUGAUAUGUGCUAGAAUGUGUAUGAUUGUCCCCACCCCCCUCCCCCAUGGUAGUAGUGUAUGGUAUUGCUAGAACAACUGUGAUACGUUCAGUGAUAGAAGCUGUUUUCUCUAUAUCAUGCAUGAACCAUGUCGGCGUAGUUCACUUGAAGGAGGGUGAAAGGGAGAAAAAGCCAUCCAUUUGAAAAAUACCAAACAAUUGUUCUUAACAUUGAUUUUAUUUUCAAUUGUCUAUUUUUCUGCCAUUUGUUUUCUUUUCCUUAUUACUUGUAUUUCUUUUUCUUUUCUUUUUUUUUUGCUCACAUGCCAAUCUGGACAUGGUACUAAUAUGCCGAGUCCUUGUCCAUUUUAACCAUAGUGAAGAAAAAGCUGCAAUGCUGCAAAAACAUAUUUAUUGUUGUUAUAAUGUAGCUUGUGUUUUGUAAAUGCACUAUAAUAUGGAGUUGCCUGAUUUUUGGUUUGGUGGUGUGGGUUCUUCUUGUCCUAGAUUUUGUGUUUCUAUUCAGUUACAAGUAUUUUCAUGCUUCCUUGUGUAUUAUUGGAGGGUAACUUGACUGUUUGUGUUGCGUUUUUUUUUCUUUUUUGUAUGAAACCUCCAUCCAAAAAACUACAGAUGGAUGAAAAUGGAGGUUUGCUAGUUCACAUAGAAUGCUGUGAUUAAAGAUGCCUUAAGUAUUUAACAAUCAUUAUUUAUUACUAACUGUAGCUAGCUAGCUAUUGUGGUGGAAUAUUUAAUGUCUCUAUCUCAUAACUUUGCAAUUUAAUCAAUAUAUUUAUUUAAAAUAACACAAAAUAUUAAAAAAAAAGAAUACCUCAUUAUGCAUUGGUCGGUGGGGAUGCUUCUGCAUGCCGUCUGUGUUUUCUUUUUCAAAGGAGAAAAAAAGAAACUUGUUGAAAAAUUGACCUGGGGGUGUUUCCCAACACAUUUUCUAGCCAGCAUGGUGCUGUUGAUCUGGAUUACAUUCCAUUCAUGUCACCUCUUCAUUUUACUUUUUCUGUAUUUUUGUGUUUUGAAUAUCAUCCGUGCUUCGAUGUAAAGCAGAUGACGGGGUGCGGACCCCUUUUGUCUUAGUAUGGCUCCACAAUUAGCUUGCUUUUGUUAUACGAUACUGCUUUGUUUACCAUAAUCCGUCACAUUCAAGUUAAUUUCUCUUUUUGUUUGUUUUAUUUUGACCAUGUUCAUGAUAUUCCAUCAUAUCUGGAUCUCAAUUUAGUGCUUAUUAUUUUAGGACCCACAUAAUGAAAAUGUAUUAUUUGUUCUAAUGUAUCGCUGGCAGUUGCUUUGUGUGGGAUUUUGGGAAGUAUCUAACAUGCUAACUUGAGCCAUUGGUCUUAUUGAGCAAAUUUCUGGUGUACUGUGGUUAUACAAUAUAGAUAGCGUGUUUUACACCUGGGUAUAAUAAGCUAACUAUGUUUUCGGUGUGCAUUUCUUAUUAAUACUCUACUAAUCCUGCAAAUUAUUAUAACAUAUAUUGGAUUGGAAUGACGCUGGCUGGUCUUACUAUUAUUAUUUCAUUUCGUGCUCUCACUGGCCUUACCCCAUGUCCUCCACAGUGUACCCCAUAACUCCAGAGCGAACUGGACAGUAGCCAUAGUAUUAACUCAAGCUGAUGAACCGGAAUGAACAGUAGAACUUAAAGCACAAGCUUUUUAAUGCAUGUCCUUCUCAGGUUUUCCUAUGUGUAUGUGGGAGUAGCUCUGUAGAUGUGUUUAAUAUGAUGCUGUACCUUCUUGAAUAUUUCAGAUGUUUCUUUGCUGCUGAAAAAAUGUUGAUUAUUAACCUGCCAGUGAAAAAGGGAAGUGGCCAUCUUUGUACAACACACUGCUGUUUUGCUGUAACCGCGCAAUGUUUUAUGAUCUUGAGUAUUUUAUAGAAAAGUAGAAGUAUGUAUCAAUAAUAUGAAAGCAAUAGCUAAAUCAUAAUGAAGAAUAACAUGAUCAGUGAAUAUUGUGGAAAAUCUUUAGAUUCACUCUGGGUGGAUUUUGUACUGUAUUUAUUACUAAUGAUGAUGCAAAAAGUUGCAUAGCUUAACCCAAACUGUUCUGUCUCUUUUUUAUUUAUUGUCUUGUAUAUGAUCUUUUUGUAUGUGUUUUUCAAAUAAACUGCCUAAAAUGCUGA